AUGUCUAUAAAUGGCAAUAUUACUGUGCAAGAUCCGUUGAAAAAACGACAUGUCCUUCUUCCACGAGGUCCAGUUGAAGAACAUUUUAUCGUAGUUAGUCACGAUUGGUUUAUACCAGUACAAUUGCUACGACGCUUACAUUCUACUAGUACAGAAAAUGAACUUGAAAGUAUAAUUUUUCCUUAUGAUGAAUCAUUUGAAUCACAUUGGCAAUUAUAUCUUGAACAUCAAUCACAUCCACCACGUAUUCGAAUUGGUCUUGCUUUAUUAGCACCACGUGAUCGAUGUCUUCGUGCUGAUAUUAAAUUAAUAUUCAUAACUACACAUGGUGGACAAGUGAUAAAAGAAUCACUUUCUUAUGAUCACACAUUCUUCUUAGCUAAAGGCGAACCUAUAUCAUCGUAUAUUAAUGAUCAUAUAUCACCAAAAGUUUUUCUUGAUAUUGAAGGAGAUCUUUAUGAAGAUGUUAUUUCAAAAACUAAACAAGGAAAUCCAUUGAAUACAGAUGAUUGUACUAUUGUUGCUUAUGUUCGAUUUAUAAAUGAACUUGAAAUUCAACCAAAAACAAAAGCAUUUGAUUUUUCAAGACGUUUUACAGUUGAUUGGAAAUUAACAAAAUUUCUUCAUAUUAUAGAACAAAUUAAUCAAACAAGACCACCAAUUGGUAACGAUCGACGUUUAGUAUCUGAUCGUUUUCAAUUUACUCAUGUUAAAAUAGUUGAAGGUGUAAAAAGUAAAAAAUGGCGAUUAUUAAUCAAAUGCCCAGGUACAUCAUCAAACAAUAAGCAAACUCCACUCUAUUUAACAUUAAAAUGUUCGGAUUUUAUUCAUGCAAAUUAUGGUAAAGUUGAAAUGAUAUGUAAAAAUGAGCAUAAUGUUCUUCGACGUUAUACACAAUCAUUUGAAGAUCUUGCUGAUAAUUAUACAAUGGAAUUUUUUAGUCUUGAUGAAUUAUCUGCUAAUGUUUACAGUUAUCGACAUGAUUUUAAUGAAACUAAUGGACGAUUUUUUACUAUUGAUUAUCUUCUAUUUUCAAUUCAAAUAGUACAACCAUUACAACGUUCGAGUGUUCCUAAAAAUAUAAAACGUGUUGUCGAACCAACAAUGAUUUCAUUAAAUAGUACUGGAAAUAUUCAAAAUAAAGGAACAACAACACAUGGAAUAAAAUCAUCUAGAGAUCAACGUACAGCAUCUGUUAUGAGAACUGAACCUAAACGAAUAUCAUCUGUACUUAAAAUGAAUGACAAAAUUAAAAGUCCAGAGCAUCAUAGUGUUACACGUGAAAAUACAAUAGCAACUACAGGUGACAAUCAGAUGCCAUCAUGGGGAGAUCCAUUUUCGGAUGAACCAAGAGGAAAUCAUAAGUUUCCACCGAUUGUUUCUCGUAAUCAUCAAAAUCGUAUUUCACCUGAUCAAUCAAUUCAUUCACCAAUGCGUUUUCAAUCAUCAAAUGAAUUAAAAACAUUUCCAAAUAUUCAAGAAAAUUUAUAUCGUUCACCACGUUUAUAUCAAAAUAAACAAAUUCGGUUUGCAUCACAAUCGCGUCUACGUUCAUUAGAUCGAUUUAAUCCUAAUUCAAAUCAUGCAUCAACUUUACCAAGUCCUAGUACAACAACAGCAUCAACUGAAGUACCAGAUAAUUUUACAUUUCUUACAAAUUUAUUUCGUUCUGGUCUUCAUUCAGAUGUUACAAUACGCUGUCGAGAUCGACAAUGGAAUUUACAUAAAAGUAUUCUUUCAGCACGUUCAAUUUAUUUUAAUCAAUAUUUUGCUACAUCAAAUGAAUCUGAGUUAAAUUUAUCUGAAGAUGAUGAAACACCAUUAUCACAUAUUCUUGAGAAAAUAUUUCUUUUCCUUUAUACAAAUCAAUAUACAUCAUUGAGUUCAUCAAAUCAAAGUUCAUCACCAUUAACGGAAAAAAAACGUCGUCGAUCGUCAGCAACAACAGCCACAACAACAACCGCAGCAGCUAAUACUUCAUUUGGUACAACUCGUUUAAUAUUUCAAGGUGCUAUUAAAUAUGGUAUUGAUGCUCUUACUCUUCUUUGUUUACAAGAUAUGUGUAAUGCACAUUAUAUAAAUAUUAAUACAGCUGCUUUAUUAUUAAUAUGUCUUCAUCAAGCUCUUACAGAUGUAUAUACGAAGUAUCAUUCUGAUGAUUAUAAAUUACAAGUAAAAAAUUUUAAACAAAUUAUACUUCGUUUUAUUCAAUUACAUUCACGAGAAGUUCUUUUAUCUGCACAAUGGAAACUUCUCGAAAAACAUUAUCCAUCCCUUGUUCAUGAUGUACUUGAGUUUGUUGUUUUUGAAAAAAUAGAUGAAUAA